AGGAGCUGAAGAUGGCUCCGCGGUGCGCUACGGCCGCGCACAGAUGCGUCAGCGCUCGCCUGCCAGGACGCGCGUUUAGGUGAAAAAAGGAAGGAAGGAUAAGAAUAUUAGAAGAGAACAGCAGAUAAAGCCGUAGAUCCGCGACGUUGUGCUGUACACCGGCUGUCAAUCAACACAGGGAAAUGGGCUCUGCAACAGACGAAGAAUUUAAAGAGAAACUGCUAUGGAACGUGAAACGGGAGGUGAAGCAGAUUAUGGAGGAAGCGGUCACCAAGAAGUUCGUUCAUGAAGACAGUAGCCAUGUCAUCGCUUUGUGCAGCUCCAUCGAGGCAUGCCUGGGUCACAUGCUGAAGCGUCGUGCUGCCGGCUUCCUCCGCAGUGACAAGGUCGCCGCCCUCUUCACCAAGGUCGGCAAAUUCAAUGCCACGGCAGCGGCCCUGUGCACCAAGGUCCAGGAGCAGCUGCAGCAGCAGGCCGAGAUCACCAGGAGGACCCAGAGUGUGGGGCAGGAGCCCCUCCGCAGACAGGGGUCCACGGCAGGCCGAGUCCCCCAGACCCUCUCCACACAAGCUGUCAAGCACAUCUGGGUGCGCACUGCCCUUUUUGAGAAGGUCUUGGACAAAAUUGUACAGUGUAUCGUAGACAACUCGAGUAAGUAUUAUGAGAAGGAGGCUCUGAUGCACGACUCGGUGUUCGGGCCGAUCCUAGCAGCUCUGCUGGUCGGGCCUUGUGCACUGGAGUACACCAAGCUGAAGACGUCGGACCAUUUCUGGACAGACCCUUCUGCCAAUGAGCUUGUCCAGAGGCACCGCAUCCACGGAGCCCAUCGGGGCCAGGAGGCCUCGCUCAGCCGCAGGCCCGCUCUGGGGAUCCGGAAGAGACAGUCCAGCGGGAGCAUGUCUGAGGAUAAGUUUGCAGUGUCAGCGAGAGAAUAUGUGGAGUCUCUUCAUCAGAACUCGCGCGUGCAUCUGCUUUAUGGAAAGAACAAUGUGCUCGUUCAGCCGAAGAAGGACCUGGAAGUACUGCGGGGUUACCUGUCCUUGCAUCAAACCGCAGAGACACUCACGCUUAAAUGGACACCUAACCAGUUAAUCAAUGGUACUCUGGGGGACUGCGACCUGGAGAAAAGUAUUUAUUGGGACUACGCAUUGACUGUGCCUUUAAGACAGAUCGUUUGCAUCCACUGUCACCAGCGGCCGGACUGUGGUGGGACUCUGGUGCUGGUGAGUCAGGAUGGGAUCCAGAGGCCCCCCCUGCACUUCCCUCCUGGGGGCCACCUCCUGGCCUUCCUGUCCUGCCUGGAGACAGGACUACAGCCCAGGGGUCAGCUGGAGCCCCCUCUCUGGUCUCAGAAAGGCAAGGGUAAGGUCUUCCCCAAGCUGCGUAAAAGGAGCAGCACGGCACGCCUGACGGAGCAGGACGGUGAAGGGGAGGAGCCUGUCGCUGCCGACUACGUGUUCCGCAUCGUUUACCCAGGACACUGCCCCGAUUCCAUCACUAUAAACUACCACCACACCACGGGCAGUCGCGCACCCUCCCUGGACGACGAUGAGGAGGAAGAAGAUAGACUUCACGCAAUGAUCUCAAUGAUCUGCUCGCGGAACCUCACAGACCCUAAUGUCAUGAAAGACCAUGGGGACAUGAUGGAUACGCAGGGCUUCGGAGGCAGCCCGUUGUCAUGGCAGCAGGCCGAGUCCACCAGUCACGUGUCGUCAUGCCCGUCCUGCUCCACCAGGGGCAGUAGCGCGUCUGUGGAGCUUCCUCCAGGAUGCACCUGCAUGCACGACCGAAUUCCGCUCAAGCUGCUGUGCCACAACAUGAAGAAGCAGAUCGUCUCCAGAGCGUUCUACGGCUGGCUGGCCUACUGUCGCCAUCUGUCCACUGUGAGAACACAUCUGUCAGCCCUGGUCAACCAUAAUAUCGUCCCCCCAGACAAACCUUGUGAAGCCUCUGGAGGCCUCAGCAAAGAUGUCUGGAGCAAAUACCAAAAAGACUGCAAGAACUACAAAGAGCUGGAGCUGCUGCGAUUGGUUUACUACGGUGGGGUGGAGCAUGAGAUCAGGAAGGAGGUGUGGCCUUUUUUACUGGGCCAUUAUAAGUUCGGCAUGGGGAAAAAAAACAUGACGCAGAUCGACGAGAAGAUCGCCGCGCGAUACAAGCAAGUCAUGCGGGAGUGGAAGGCCUGCGAAGUCAUCGUGAAGCAGCGUGAGAAGGAGAUGCAGUCGGCCAUCUUUGCCAAGCUGUCGUCGGGGAGCAGCAUUGACAGCCAUGUCAUGAGACUUGUCCACCGAGACUCCACCCUCAGCAACGAGGUGUUCAUGUCGGUGGAUGAGCCUGACGGGGCAGGCCAGGACACGCCCUGUGAAAGGGACAACACCCCUACCCUGACCACCAUGGUUAACCCGGCCGCACCGGCCCCUGACGAGAGGCCGGUGGUGGAGUUCGACUCCCCGGACUCGGGUCUCCCCUCCUCCAGGAACUACUCGGUAGCGUCCGGACACUCCCAGAUCCUGUCUAGCAUUGAUGAUGGGCAGAGCAUGGAAGAGGAUCCAGGAGAUGAGGCCACGCCCAGAGGCGUGUUGGAAGAGCGAAGUGGGCGGGACUCGCUGACUGAGGAGCAGCUGUGCAGUCAGCUGGACAAACUGGUGACUGACAAUGAGGACAGUCCAGCAUCCUUCUCCUCAUAUACGAUUAAACCUGUUUCUGAGCAGAUGGAGCUCUUGGACACAGUGGCACUGAACCUGCAUAGAAUAGACAAGGACGUUGCACGCUGCGACCGCAACUACUACUAUUUCACCACCAGCAACCUGGAGAAGCUUCGCAACAUCAUGUGCAGUUAUGUGUGGGAGCACCUAGAGGUGGGCUAUGUGCAGGGCAUGUGUGAUCUCCUCGCUCCUCUGAUGGUCAUCCUGGAUGAUGAAUGCCUUGCCUACAGCUGUUUCACUCAGUUAAUGAAGAGGAUGAGUCAGAACUUCCCGACCGGAGGAGCCAUGGACACUCAGUUUGCAAACAUGAGGUCCCUGAUACAGAUCCUUGACUCCGAGCUGUUCGAGCUGAUGCACCAGAACGGAGAUUACACUCACUUCUACUUCUGCUACCGUUGGUUCCUGCUGGACUUCAAGAGGGAGCUUCUCUAUGAGGAUGUGUUUGCAGUGUGGGAGGUUAUCUGGGUGGCGCCCCGUGUCUCCUCCCCGCAUUUCGUCCUCUUCAUCGCGCUGGCUCUGGUGGAGGUCUACCGGGAGAUCAUCCGUGACAACAACAUGGACUUCACAGACAUCAUCAAGUUCUUCAAUGAAAUGGCCGAACGUCACGAUGUCCAGCACAUUCUGAGGGUGGCACGUGAGCUGGUGCAGAAGGUGCAGAUGCUCAUCGAGAACAAAUGAUGCGAGGCAGGGUGAGCGGGAACCUGCUGGAGCUCACUCGCCCCUCCUCCACCUGCUACACCUUCCCCCUCCCCUGUCGACCCACUCCACGUCUCCUCAGGAAGAGGGAGAUGGUGGGGGAGAGUACACUUUCUUUCUGCGGCUCCCCUGGGCGAAAGCGAUGAGACUGCCUGGGACCCGCUGUUGGCCUUAUGGGCUCUGAUGUGUCCUCUUCCGCUUGUCCCCUUGCCCCAUCUCACAACAGCGUUGUGUCAGACCUUGGGAUAGUCUGCAUGCUUGUGGGAUUUGCACACACUGUGACUGAAGUUUUCCAUUUUUUGGGGGGUGGGGGGGUUUGCCGGCUGCACGCUCCUCCAGCAUGUGACCGGCCAGGUCAUCUCCGUGUCUGCCUUCCAGGGGCGACUGGGGCCUUGCAUGGGGGCAUGGCCAGUGUUUACCAGUUUACCAGUGACUGUUUUUUUCCCCGCCAAACCCACACAAAAGUGUUCCGCAUCAACCUCUCAGGAGGACCGUCUCUGCUCUCUGUCUGCCUUUGUUCGAUCUGGCACUGACCAGUCAAACUGAAGUGUCCUAAUCCUGCCCCACAGCCCUAGGGCCUCAAAAGGCAGAGACUGCCUACGGUGACAGCCACUGAAGAACCAAGCCACGGAGAUGAGUUAUUAAAGCAUCCAUCUGUGACCAAAAGGACUGUGCCAAUGAUAUGACCUUGUCAUAGUGUUUAUAUGUCCUUUUGUUUGUCUAGAUGACUUCACUGGCCCUAUUUUCCCUGCCAGAUCUUCUGAUGGCCGCUGAAGAAAACGCUAACGUUGCCUUCGUACCCUGUCCUCUAACCUGUCUCACUACUUUUUGCACUUUGAAACUUUUCCUUCCACUCAUGCCCAUCAGCCCACGCAGGAAGAUGAGGGUGGAGACGUGAUUACCAGAAUCCUCCCUGCCGGGGCCCCAAAGAGGCGAGCUCCUUCCGGAUGAUGGUGACGGGGUUGCGUGACGAGCCAAUGGCAUGCCUGACACUGACAGUGGGUGGCGGCGGAUUCUUUUCUCACCUGUCAGUGCAGCGUUCUGGGCUUGGCCGCGAGAACACCUCUGGGACGGAGUUCGCAUCUGGGCGGAUUGACGGCUACAGCUCUGAGCGUGCACAUCAGCGGAUGCUCCUGGAUACGGUAGAGCAUCCCACAUCACAGCCAUAACUCCUCUAAAGGAUGCACGUCGCCCUCAGCGUUCCUGACAAAAAGGACCUGAGAGGUUCACCCAUUCCCUUUAAUGUCUUCCCCAAUCCUGAGCUAUUGCCUGGUUUCACCCUUCCACUUCCCUCAUGUGAAUCUUCUGUAUCGGUUGGCCCAUGCGUUUGGGCCUUGACUAGGUGCCCUUUGUAGUAACUGUGCCUCAAACCCUGCUAGUCAAAUGUCUUGAUCUCAGCCUGUGAUUCUUGGGGAGGGACAUUAUGGCCCCAUUAAAGAUUACUUCCAACAGGAGCUUGUAUACCAAAGUCUCUAGAACGUCAUCCUUGGUGUCAUACGGUUGUGCGAUCUCAAAACUCAACGACUGUUGGUUAGGUAUAGGAAAGAUAAAUCAUGUUCUUAAUGUCUACUGUGAAGAUGCUUUUUGACAACCCCCCCCCAUGCCUGCUACUGUAGUGUAAAUACAAAGGGCAAAAAGAACUCCAGUUUGAGAGCAGUAAAGACAUCUGUAGUUUAAACUCUAUUUUUUACUUUGGUUGUAGAGAUGUGCUUUUGAAGAACCCUGUAGAACUGGAGAACUUUACAAUUUGAAUGGUGGAGACCUUUGUUACAUGUUGACUGUUAUGUUCCUUAUUAAUGUUGUGCUCUGGAUUCUACUAAAUUGAAUAUAUAUAUAUAUAUAUAUAUUUAUUUAUUUAUUUAUUUAUUUUUUUGUUUGGAUGCCAAAAUCUGAAUGAUGAUGUAUUGUAAUAGAUGUAUCAUUUAUCUUGUAUGUAUGUACUUUGAAAAAAAAAAUGUUGUUCCUAA